GCUGACGCAUCCUUUGACCGCCAAAGAAGACGAAAACUAGUCCGUCUUUGAGAGGAACGAACUCACGAAGAAUAAGAAGAAGAAACCCUCUCCCGAGAGAAGACGAAUCAGAGAAUCUUAUUUAUCUGAUCUAAUCGAGCUCUGUUGCCAAGUCAAAACCAACGGAUUGAGCUUUCUUAAAUUUUCGUGUAGAAUCACAAAACACCAUGAGUGAAGAACACAAUACGAAUCCAUUUGCAAGUGUAAGUGGAAGUGGAAGUGGAAGAGCAGGGGGCAGUACAAGUGGGAGCUCAAACUCUAGUUUUAGUAGCAGCGUGGCGGAUACAGAGGAUGAUCAGACCAUUGCGCGUAUAUUAGCUGAAGAUGAGAGCUUAAGAAGAAGAGAGGGCAUGCUUGGGAGGAGACUCUCUCAUCUAGAUUCUAUCCCUCACACUCCUCGGGUUAACAGGCAAAUACCCGAUAUAAAUGAUGCAACAUUAGACCAUGAGCUCCUCUCUGGGAGGUUGGCCACAUAUGGCUUAGCUGAACUACAGAUGGAGGGGGAUGGAAAUUGUCAGUUCCGUGCUCUAGCAGACCAGCUUUUCCGCAAUCCAGAUUACCAUAAGCAUGUUAGGAAGCAUAUUGUAAAGCAGUUGAAAAAGCAACGAAAGUUAUACGAAGGAUAUGUGCCGAUGAAAUACAGGCACUACACCAGGAAGAUGAAGAAACAGGGUGAAUGGGGAGAUCACGUUACACUGCAAGCUGCUGCAGAUCGCUUUGGAGCCAAGAUCUGCUUAGUCACAUCAUUUCGGGAACAGUCGUACAUCGAGAUACUUCCCCAUGACAAGAAUCCUCUUAGAGAGGCUUGGCUUAGCUUUUGGAGCGAAGUGCAUUACAAUUCCCUAUACUCUAGUGGAGAUGUUCCCACAAGACAAGCCAGGAAGAAGCAUUGGCUCUUCUAGGAUUGGAUUCAUAUACAUGUAUAGUGUAUAUUCCCUAGAUUGUGUGAACUUUGUAAUAACCUCACUCACUCUGUUACAUGCUUUAUCAUUGGUUUCCUUCUCUCGACACCUUCAUUUUAAAAGAACGAGUAAGCGUAGAUAUCUAUGUUACUUUUUUAUAUUAUCAUUUGAUUUUUUGGACAGAUAUUUUUCCAAAGUUUACUUGUAAUAUUCUGGAUCAUAACAACUAUGUAACAGCAAAUAGUGUUAAUUAAAGAGGUGGACCAUAAUGAGUCGAUCAAUUUCAACG